CUCGAGGCAAAUUUGAAAAGUUAGUGCGGCUGAGGAGCGGAAACGGUUGCUGCAGCGGCAGCGGAGAGCCAGAUAUCCAACGAAGGGAGCGGAGCGGCCGCCGCCAUCAUGAGAAGAAGCGAGGCGAUUGCCGCGGAGUCAGUGGCCUGCUUCAAUUCUGCAUUAGGUCGUCUUCGAGAUAUCUGGGAAGAAAUUGGAAUACCAGAAGACCAGAGACUGCAAAGGACAGAUACAGUCAAGAGACAUGUACAUGUUCUAAUGAUGCAAAUGAUCGAAGAGGAGGAAAACUUGAAAGAUCGUCUUCUUAAGAACAUUGAUAUCUUCCGCAAAGAAUUGAAUACUCUUUGUGAGGAGCUGCAUAUUCCACCAUUUGAGGAAGAUGAGGGCAGCACUAUCUUGCAGGUGGAGAAGGACUUGCGUACUCGAGUGGAAGUCAUAAAGAAACAGAAGAAGGAAAGGAUGCAGGAGCUCAAACUGUUAAUACAGCGGGAUCAGGACCUGUGUGACAUCCUGUGCACCCCUCCUUUCCACAUUGAUGCCCAGCGUGUUCCAAGUCUGGACGAGCUGGAUCACUAUAGGAGGCAUUUGGCUGCACUUUCUGCAGAAAAGGAUCUCCGUGAAGCAGAAUUUGUAAAGACCAAGAAACUGAUAAUUCUUUGCAUGGAAGAACUGGACCGCUUACCUGACACAAGUUUCGAGAGGGAUGUGGUGUGUGAGGAAGAAGAGGCUUUCUGUCUGUCGAAAGAUAAUCUUGCAGCUUUACAUCAGCUCCUUUUUCAGUUUGAGGAACAGAUCACACAGAAUAAGUCAUUAUGUGAAGAACUGCGGGCCAAAAUUCGUGAACUGUGGGAUAGACUUCAAGUACCUGAAGAGGAGAGGGAGGCUUUUGCAGUUCAUAUGGACCAGACUGGAUCAAAAGGAAAAACCAUAAAAGCGUUACAAGAAGAAGUGGAUCGUCUCCAGGAGCUGAAGCUGCAGAAUAUUAAACAUGUCAUUGAAGUCAUUAGGACAGAGCUGGUAACCUACUGGGAGAAGUGUUUUUAUAGCAAUGAACAAAGGCAAGCCUUUGCUCCAUUUUACGAUGAGGACUUUAGUGAAGACCUUUUAUGCCUUCAUGAUGCUGAAAUCCAACGCAUCAAGCAGUAUUAUGAGGCACACAAAGAGAUGUUCGAAGGGGUCCAGAAGUGGGAAGAAAAUUGGCGUCUUUUUCUGGAGUUUGAUAGAAAGGCAACAGACCCCAACAGAUUUACAAAUCGUGGAGGGAACCUCUUAAAAGAAGAAAAACAAAGGGCGAAGUUACAGAAAAUGCUUCCAAAGCUGGAGGAAGAGCUAAGAGUUCGCAUUGCAACAUGGGAAGAGGAACAAGAGCAGGAGUUCUUCAUGAAUGGGAUGAAAUUCAUGGAAUACGUGGCAGAGCAGUGGAAUCAGUUUCACUUAGAAAAAGAAAGAGAGAAACAAGAGCGGUUAAUGAAAAAGUCUCGUCAACUAGAAGAGGAAAUGUAUUAUGGAAGCGCUCCAAAAACCCCGAAUAAGCGAAGAGUGCUAGGGGCAACUACACCAAGUAAAAUGCGCAAGCUUAAUGGCACAUGCGUUUCCAGUUCUACCAACAGCACGAUGCGUUCUGCGUUCGGUGGGACAAUGUGCCACUCGCCUGUAUCACGACCACCCCCUAGUGGUGGCAAGCCUGGACAGCCGAUCCGAACACCAAACAGAACUUUCAAGACUCCACAAGCAAGAAGACUGGAAAAGAAUAAAGAGAACAUGCCCCAGUUAAAUGGAACCGCCAUGAGCGGUGGGUGCCACCUCCCAAUUUCUGCCCAGCGUAACCUCAGCGUUAACUCUGUUGCCAGCACCUAUUCUGAGUUUGCGAGGGACUCCACACACACUGACUCCACAUCCAUAUACUCCAGCGAGAACUUUCAAAAGCUACAAGAGCUAACACCAACCCUCGAGUCCUGAACUCUACCAUAACGCACAUGUAAAGUGCUGUACAGACAUAGGACUGAAAAGGACCUAACAGCAGGCGUACAUUUUGCAUCGCUGAGCAUGGCCGCUAUGUAUGUACUAAGGUGGCCUCUUAGCUGAGGGGUGCCUCCCUGGACUCUGGUUGGAGGGGGAAUCUGCACCAAAGUCCAUGCUACUUUUUGCACUGUAAAUUCAUCUCUUUAGCUUAUAUUAAUAGAUCCUAAUCUUUUGUAUCAUUCUAGAAGCUUGACAACUGGUAGUCAGACAUGAUCUGUUCUGAAAUGUACUUUGUACUGUAUAAUAAGAGGGUAACUCCUUGUAUUCGGUCGUCGCGGCUUCUAUCACGGCAAAGGCUUAAUAUUCUAUUUGUGUGUAUAUAUACGGUUCUUAGUUCUGCAGCUAUCGUGGACACUUUGCACAUUUAUUUUCUAGUUCAGCGUCACUACAGAGAUUCCACAGAAUAAUUUUAUUUUCAAAAGAUAACGGAGUCAUGGAAUGGAGUUUUUAGAGGCUUUAACACUACUUUUAUACCCUGUUUUUCAACUCUUUUUUUCACUCGGUACCUUGACAA